AUGCCAUCCAAUCCGUUUGUUCCGCGAACAAUGUCGACGUCUUAUGUCCAGCCCGCGUCGACACCCGCCAUCAUUGUCAAUGGCAAGCCGUGGACCGUCGGCUCUCACUAUGGCCCCAUCUCCUGGAACUCGGAGAACGUACACGCAAACGCCAUGGGCUUGAGUUCGACGGGCAAGGGCAUCCUUAUCGGCAUGCUGUCUGCCUUUGGCUCGGCUGCAUUUGUCGCCAUCAUUCUCGCUUGCAUCUACUUCUUCCGCUACACCAACCGUGGUCGUAUCUUCCUCGACAGCAUCGGCAGACCUGGAGAGUACGAUGAUGAGCAAGCUUUCUUGCGUGAAGAGGAGGAUGCUUUGGAGGACAUGGAUGACCUGCAGCGUGCCGAGUACCUCCGCGCCAAGGCCAAUCCUCCCGAAUCCGUCCAAACCGACAUUUCGCUCUCGCAGUUCCUCGCAAUCCAGGAGAAGGGUGUACAAGCUUGGGAGUUUGAGCCCGAGUUGGAGAUCGCAAACUGCUUUGUCGAAGGCCGCACUGAGAUCGAGUUCUUCGAUGCCGAGUGCAGCGUCCAGAGCAAUCUGCCUGUGCCCAAACAGAACGAGGUCUACUACUGGGAAGCAAAGAUCUUCGACAAACCCGACAACACCCUGAUCAGCAUUGGCAUGACCACAAAACCCUAUCCUCUUUUCCGACUCNCCUGGUACAACCAGCCUUUCUCCGGCACCAACUAUGCACCAUCAUACGAGCAGGGAGAUGUUGUCGGAGUAGGCUACAGACCUCGUACUGGGACCGUCUUCUUUACUCGCAACGGGAAAAAAUUGGAAGAUGUUGCCCAUGGUCUCAAAUCACAAAACCUCUUCCCCACCGUCGGAGCCAACGGACCUUGCAACAUCCAGGUCAACUUCGGUCAGAUGGGCUUCGUGUUCAUCGAAGCCAACGUUAAGAAAUGGGGUCUUGCUCCGAUGACUGGCAGCCUUGCGCCGCCGCCACCAUACGGCAGCGAACAAGGUAGCAUUCUCCUCGAAGGCGGUAGAGAGGGUGUUCGCGAGGGCCAAGCAUACAUUCAUGGCCGUACGCAUAGUGCCACUGUCCGCCUGGGUAGACCUCCGACUAGUCCUGGACCUCGACGAUCACCUACUGAGAUCUCACUUGCUCAGCUCAGUUUGAGCGAGUCAAGGGAAGACGUAGGUGAAGGCACGAGCUACACGGCAGCUGGUCACGUGUCCGAAGAUGAUCUCGCAAUGCCAUCGCACUCGGAUGCGCCGCCGCCGGAAUACGAGAGCCCAGAUGAAGAGAAUCAGUUCUCGACACCAAGACCGAGUAUGCACUCGGAGCAUUCGCACCUACUACCGCAUGACCCACCAAUUCCUUCUUACGAAGCAGCGGUUGGAGAGCGCGCGAGUGGGUCUCGUAAUGAUGACAACUAG